UUCCAUUAUCUGUCUUCACUUCUUCGUUUCUCAAAUUUUUUUUCACUUCUUCAUUUCUCUUCUCAAUCCUCUAUAGUCUUUCUCAUCCUGGUACACUGCAGACCGCCACCAUUUCCCCUCAGCCCCACUGGUAUCUCUUAAACUCUUCUUUGCCCAUGGCGCACUUGAUCAAGAGCUUUAAGGUCCCACCAAACUCGGUGAGCCUGGAUGAGGCCCGCCACAGAACGUUUGAGUUCUUCCGCAUGUGCUGCAGAUCCAUUCCUCAUAUUAUGGAAAUUUACAAUCUCCAGGACGUCGUAACCCCAACCCAUCUCCGCUCCUCCGUUGCAUCUGAAUUUCGCAGGAACUCCAGCAUCACUAACCCUAAGGUGAUUGACAUGCUGCUGUUCAAAGGGCUGGAAGAGCUGAAGAAUGUGGUGGACCAUGCUAAGCAACGGCAUCACAUUAUCGGCCAAUAUGUUACAGGCCGUCAAGGUUUAACUCAGGAUACGGUGGAAACUAAUAAAGACCACCACGAGCCGACAUCUGACUUCCUUAAAAACUUCUACAGAAGCAACUACUUUUGAUGAUGAACUUCUACCUAGCUGCUUUUCCCUUUGGCUUGUUGCUUCUUGCCUCAUUGUUUUUUGUUUGUUUGAAUAUCACCGCGUCUCAAUAAAGCUGUAGAAUUGGAUCAUUGCUUCUUUUCCUCUUAAGAAACAAUGAACCUGUUAUUAAUGUUGAUUUCUGUGAUAUUAUUUGUCCUUGGGAUCAAGUCGUUUAAGGUAAAAAAGAAAUUUGGGUGUUAAUAAUUGGGUUUCAUGUCUAGCCAUGUGGUGCACACUUAUGUUUUAAAGAUUCUCUUUUUUUUUUCUUCCUAUUUUUG